AUGGAUUUUGUGCCAUGGCUGCUCUUUCUUCUCCUUGCCUUCUUCUCGAAUCCCUCUGUCGCCUCUCCUUCUUCUUCUAUGAGCCGUUACAUUAUUCAAGUGGAAGAGCCAAUUGAGCCGCUGACAGAAAGGAGCCUGAAAAGGUGGCACGAAUCUUUCCUGCCUCCCGCCGUCGAGGCGUCUGGUGUCGAUCGGCGGCUACUGCACUCCUACAGUGAUGUAUUUAGCGGAUUCACAGCUAUGCUGACGGAGGAAGAGCUGCAGGCGAUGGGGAAGAAGAAAGGCUUCGUGCGCGCGUUCCCCGACCGAGUGCUGCGCGUAAUGACCACCCACACGCCAGAUUUCCUAGGGCUCAAGGUCGGGAGCAAGGGGUUGUGGAAAGACUCGAAGCUAGGGAGAGGAGUCGUCAUCGGAGUUCUCGACACCGGCGUGACGCCCGGCCACCCUUCCUAUGACGACGAGGGGGUCCCGCCUCCGCCCUCAACGUGGAAGGGCUCAUGCAACCUAGAGACCGGUUGUAACAACAAGCUCAUCGGUGCCAGGUCGAUGAUCGUCGAUGGUGAUGAGAGGUCUCCCAUUGAUGAGGUCGGCCAUGGGACCCACACUUCCGCCACCGCCGCUGGUAACUUCGUCCGAAACGUGAGUUACUUCGGCUUCGCCAAAGGCACGGCUGCCGGAAUGGCCCCUCGGGCUCACCUCGCCAUCUACCAGGUCUGCACCGCCCAAGGCUGCAAUGAAGGCGAUAUCCUCGCAGGGUUGGACGCAGCUGUCAAGGACGGCGUUGACAUCCUCUCUCUCUCGCUUGGCGGCGGCUCUAUGCCUCUUGACGAAGAUGUCGUUGCCAUCGGUUCGUUCGCGGCGGUUAGGAAGGGCAUCUUCGUCAGUUGCGCUGGCGGCAAUGAUGGACCUGACUACUUCACCCUCUCCAACGAGGCACCGUGGAUCCUCACUGUGGCUGCAAGCAGUGUCGAUCGAAGCUUCAGGGCCUCCGUGAAGCUUCCCAGUGGGAAGGUGAUCCCUGGAGAGUCUCUCGACCAACCUAGCAACUUCCCUAAAAGCUCUCUUCCCCUGUACUAUUCCACUGAGUCGCCGUCCUGCGACAUCGAUCCUCCUGAUGAUAGCCACAGGGGCAGCGUCUGGGUAUGUGAGGUUAGACGCGGCGAUCUUGGACGUGUGGUGGCGUUCGCCAAGUCCCACGGCGCCAGGGCGUUGAUCUCCAUUUCUUCGAAGAUAGAGGGCGCCACCAUCUCGAUCAGAAAGAUGAACUUUCCCGGAGUAGUGCUCACUAUCCAAGAAGGCUCCCACCUCAUAUCGUAUUUGAACUCUACUUCCGAACCCUCCGCAUUAAUCGUCUUCAACGGGACAGUUCUUGGCGUAUCCCCUGCCCCUGUCGUGGCUUUCUUCUCCUCCCGUGGGCCAUCUCAAGCAACGCCGGGAAUCCUCAAGCCAGACAUCUCCGGCCCUGGCCUUAACAUCUUCGCGGCCUAUAUUCAUUCAAGAGACACUCCAGAUCAAUACUAUAUUAUAUCUGGCACGUCCAUGGCAACGCCUCACCUCAGCGGUGUCGCCGCGCUCUUAAAGGCAGCACAUCCUACUUGGUCGCCGGCAGCUAUCAGGUCGGCGAUCAUCACCACGGCAGACGCCAACGUCUCUAAUGAGUUACUUGAGUUGGCACCCUAUUUUGUCAAGGGUGCAGGACACAUCAACCCUAACAAAGCUACUAAUCCGGGUCUUAUUUACAACAUCACCGACGAUGACUACGUCUCCUACAUCUGCGACAAAUUCGGCAAAGAUGGCGCAAGAAAUAUAGCACGCAGAGUCGUGGACUGCUCAAAGAGAGUGGCGGAAGAGGAGCUCAACUACCCGUCGAUUUUGCUGGCCCCCAAAGGCGGGGCUGUGGCCAAAGUGACCCGGACGGUCACGAAUGUUGGACCAGCGAAAUCGAGCUACACGGUGUCGGUGAGCAUAUCGAAGACUGCCGUGUUGACUACUGUCACCCCCAAGACGCUAACUUUCAACGAGUUGAACGAGCAGAAGUCAUUCACUGUGAGUGCGAAAUGGGGUGUUGGCGGACCUCCCACUUCCGGAAAUCAAUUUGUGGAGGGAAAGUUGACUUGGACCUCCGAUGACAAUAAGUAUGUGGUGACUAGCCCAUUUGUCGUCUCUGCCCUGGAGUGUUGCAACGCUAGCUCUAGUUUGUCUUCUUCCUUUCAAAUAUAUGCUUAA